UUUAAAGCUUUCUACGUUAAACAUAAACUAAACUUACAAAAUAUAAAAACCCGACCGUUGCCAGGUAAGCAUUACGUCACAGUGACGUCAGACAGCGCGCUGGAUUUGAAUGUCACGGUUGGCGGUUCUUGUUGUGCAAGAAAAAAAAAUCAAUCAGAAAAAAACAAAAUAAACCAAGAAGAAUAUCGUCUGUGCUUUUGCCCACCCCUUUGGCCAUCAUGGCGGGUAGUGACCAGCCCUUCUUCACAGUUUUCCGUGGGUUGGCCAAGAAGCUGGACAAUUUCUCCACUCAGACAAAUAGUUUGACCAAAUCUGAGAAGAAGUUUCAAUCUCUCCAGUGUAUCAAAGAGUUGUCAAAAGACUUAGGCAACAAAGUAUUGGAAUGCAACAGUUUACACCAAGAUCUACAGAAUUCUUAUGUCCAGUUUCGGAGCAUCACAGACUUAACUUCUAUGAUACUGGAACAACAGAAGACCAUUAUCAAGGAGCAGGAAUCCUUCUUAGAAGAACAUGGUUAUAUUCCAUAUCGGAAGCAACAACCAACUCCUUCAAAAGUAAAAGAUGAACAAGAUGAUGAUGAUGAUGAUGAUGUUGACAAUCCAGUCGAAGAAAAGGAAGCAUCUACCCCUGAGAAUGCAUCCAAUAACAAGGUGCCAGACGAGAAAGGCUCUCCCCAGACGCCGCAGUUGAAAGAUUUCGGGGUCAGCCAUUACACAAUUGCUCAGUUGCAGAGGCCCAACAACGCUUGUAAAAGUCACGAGUCUUACUCGAAUUACAACAGCAGCAGCAACUAUGUUUCUACGCCAGCCAAUUUCCAACAUAAUGGUUUAUUCAUGUCUCCAAGUGUCCUGGGUAAAAUUCCACCUCUUUUCACACCAGACACAAGCAGCGUACUUCGCCGUGGUACCAAGCUGUAUAAGACUCCAAAUUACUUUGAUGUGAUGAGUUAUUCAAGCCAAAAGAAAGCCCGUUUGGAAGAGAAGCCAAGCCACAGCAUUCGUAAGAAGCUGGAGAUGCCAAUAAACGAGGAAACAUCCAGUAAGGAACAGAGUUUGGAACCACCACAGCUUAAUAACAGUAACCUACAGCAGUCGCUGGACUCUGAUAUGUUCUUUAUGCCUUCAACACCACAACUAGGAAACAGGAAAACUUUGGUGAAUUACUCAAAAGACUCUGCUGUCGGUGAAUUACCAAUGCCUCCCAGCUUAACACGGACUCUGAGGUCACAUACUUCAAAACCCGGCCAGCAUGAUAAAUCUGUUGAGCUUCGAAACCCAGAAACACCGAAAUUGGAGAAUGUGGAAGAAUUCAAGUUACCGACCCCUCCUUUGCUUCAUACAACCUUCAUAAGUAUGGAACCAGGCUCAAUACGCAAAGGAUCCAAAAGCUUUCUGUCAAAUUUAGCAGAUGUGGAUUUUAUUCCAGAGGCUCCAAAACUGAAUAUGAACUAUGAAAGUAAGUGCCGCAGGACCAGAACAAAGAAAGAAUUCCCACUUUGAGACAAGAAAAAAAAAAAAGGAAAAUAUAAAAAACAAGUAAAACGAAUGUAAAAUAUUUUUUACUCUUUAAUAAAUUCUUUGUUUU